AUGAGCAAGCUAUUCUCUUUUGGGCUAAAAAAGAGCGCGCCGUCAAAACCUCCGCCGCCGCGACGGAAACCGGCGACAUUUGGGGGCGAUGACGACGAUGACGGAAAUGCGCCGGAAAACAACGGGAUUAGCGGGUUUGACACGAUAGGCGCUUCAACGGGGGCGGGCGGCGGUGACGCCGCAGACGAAGACAGCGAUGACGCAAAGGGAAGCAGGAAAAAGAAGAAAUUCCCCAACCACAUCGCGCCGCCGCCUCCCCUCGGAACAAAGUCGAAACUCGCGGCGGGCGCUGUGACGCAGUUUGGCGACCUGUCGAGCGCGCUCGAGUCGCGCAGGUACGCCGAGGCGGCCGAAGGCGCCGACCCGUCCAUCUACGACUACGACGGCGUGUACGACUCGCUCAAGCUGCCGGCGAAGAAGAAGAAGGACGACGAGGACGCGGAGGGCGCGGCGGGGGAGAAGCGGCCGCGGUACUUUGACGCGCUGCAGAAGGCAGCCGAGGUCCGCGAGCGCGACCGGCUGAUCGCCGAGGAGAAGCGGCUGAAGCGGGAGCGCGAGGCCGAGGGCGACGCGUUUGCCGACAAGGAGAAGUUCGUGACCGAGGCGUACAAGAAGCAGCAGGAGGAAAACCGGCGCCUCGAGGCCGAGGAGAAGCUCCGCGAGGAGGCCGAGGCCAAGAAGAACAAGAACCGGGGCAUGGCCGACUUCUACAAGCAGAUGCUGGAUCGCGGCGAGGAGGAACACGCCGCCAAGAUCAAGGCGGUAGAGGAGCUUAAGGCCGGUGGCGCCGACGCCGCCGCCGAGAAGAAGGGCGAAGAAGACGACCCGGACAAGGAGAAAUCGGCGACGCAGCGCGCGCGCGAGAUCAACGCCAUGGGCGGCAGCAUCAUCCUCAACGGCGACGGCGAGGUGGUCGACAUGCGGCAGCUGCUCAAGGGCGGGCUCAAUGUGGCGCCCAAGAAGAAGACGGAGCUCGAAAAAGACAAGGCCAAGAAAGCGGCAGCGGCGGCAGCCGGGCGCGGAGGCGCGGGGGCCGGCAUCGGCAGCAGCGGCCCGACGCGUGGCAUCUUUGUCGGCGGCGGCAAGCAGGCCAUGCGCGAGCGGCAGACGCGCAUGCUCGAGGCGCAGCUCGAGGAGACGCUGAAGCGGUCGCGCGAAGAGGAGGAGGAGGAACAGGCAAAGGUCGAGCUGUCGGCCAAGAGCCGCAAGACGGAAUCGGACAUCUCGAGCGCAAAGGAGCGCUACCUCGCGCGCAAGAGGGCCGCCGAGGAGGCAAAGAAGAACGGGCUCGCCGACGUGCCAUAA